AUGCUCGUUAAUUCAUUUAAAUUGCCAAACCACGCACAGCAACUACCACCAAUCCAAGUAUCCUACCCAACUCAACUCACAACCUUCUCAAUCAACAAAGAUAGAUAUAUUUUGUAUAAUAAUUCUCAAUUAUCUUAUUAUAAUGAUGCUAGAUUGAGUAUUGGCAGUGACUUGAAUUUUGGCGUUGAAGGGAUGGUUUUCAAUGAAAAUAUUGAACACCUAGACAACCUAUUACUGGCAAUUGAUCAUUAUAAAUUAGAUUGGUGGUCUUAUAACGUUAUCACCUUCAGAGGCAUCCUCACUAAGCUAACAACGGCUUUGUACAACUACGAUGACAACUGGUGUCUCAAUUGUAUGCUCAUCCACAAUUCCAUAUUUAUCAGCGACAAUUCACCACCAGCUAAACCAUCCUCAGAAUGGCACAAAAGGGCCAUGUACAAUGGCUACGCCUUCGAAGGUCUAGCCACUGGUGCACCUCACACUCCGACAAACAAUUCGGCUCAAUGGGCAACUAUCAAUAAACUACGCUUUGGUAAACACAAGAUUCUAACUGCAGGGGAAGUUGAUUAUGACUACAUUGAACUUAAGACAUCCAUUCAAAUCCAAUCCCCCGCCCAACAAGACCGAUUCGAUCAGAAGCUGCUCAAGUUUUACUUUCAGAGUUAUCUAUUAGGUGUCCCAAAAAUAGUUGUCGGAUUCAAAAACAAAAGCGGUAUUCUAGUCGAUGUGAAGGAGUACGAUACGCUAUCACUCCCUAAUCUCGUUCGCGGGAGUAACUACGCAUGGAACCACAAAACCUGCACUAGUCUUGCCGAAAUGCUGAUUGAGUUUGUGCGCGAGACCAUCACGUCUAUUGGGGAUGAAAGCAAGAUGUACAAAGUGUUUUACAGCGCAGCUGAUCGCACAAUCUCAAUCCAAGUCACUCAUCUCGAUGACAUCUCUUACCCCACUCCCGACCCUUUCCCGCGGUAUGGCUUCAUGCCUGCUCAUUUGCAUGCACGUAUGCGCGAAUGUGUGCGCUAG